AUGCGCCUGCUCCCUCCAAUUGCUCUUCGACGACUGUCCCGGGUCCUGGCUGGCCCUGCCCCGAGGACUUUCGUCUCGUCGGCUACACGGCGCAAUGUCCAACCUUCCCCGAGAACGCCUCCGGCUGGCAAAGCGCCCCCGGCCGGUGGACCACGUAGCCAGCUGCCCUCGAUUCCCGAAGUUGGAAGCGAAGAAAUUAUUGUCCGCGAUGGCAAGGAGGUGGUUCUCAGAACGUUCCAGCAUCCAAGGUCCAGUCUCGGCAAAUCGCAAAUGACCACUUUGGAACAUACCUUACCCGCCAGAGCUCAUCUCCAUGAGACCCAAUUGUCUCUGGCUAGAGACACGGAACGGCCUUUCUAUCUCCCAUAUUACUACCUCCGUGACCUGUGCAAAUGUCCGCAAUGCGUGGAUCCGCACUCGAAUCAGCGCUCGUUUCGCACACACGAUAUACAUACAAGUAUUCACCCACGGCGAGUGACUUGGGAUGGCAAGGAUCUGGAGAUUCAGUGGAACAACGAUAUUGACGGAUAUGAGCGAGAGCAUACGUCUCGCUGGCCAUAUCGCUAUCUCCGGGACCCCAUUAACAACACCCACGACAGCACCCACCCCAACAUGAAACGCUUUCUUUGGAAUGCGGCGGAUAUGGAAAAGUAUCAACAUUGGAUAUCAUAUGAAGACUACAUGCACAGCAACAAAAAAUUCACGCGCGCCAUGAAGAGUUUGUCCUCUCUGGGUCUAAUCUUUGUCAAGGAUAUCCCUUCGUCACGCGAGAUGGUGGAAAAAAUUGCCACGCGCAUGGGCCCACUGCGGAAUUCAUUUUACGGAUCGACAUGGGAUGUGCGUACUGUGCCACAGGCAAAGAACGUGGCCUAUACCAACCAGCACCUCGGCUUCCACAUGGAUCUUCUGUACAUGAAUGAGCCACCGGCCUACCAGCUCUUGCACUGCUUGGAGAACUCAUGUGAAGGCGGCGAGUCACUGUUUGCGGACGCCUUCAAUGUCGCAGACAGGAUGAAGAGAGAGUUAUACCGGGAUUACAAAGUCCUCUUAAUGAAGAAGGUUGGCUAUGAGUAUGUGCACGAGGACUCAAUCUACCACAACACAUGGCCUGUAUUCGAACGGGACCCAAUAACAAAGCAUUUGCGGAACGUUAACUAUUCGCCGCCUUUCCAAUCCGCAAUUCCCACCUCGGAACGCCCGGACGGUCGCGGACAAACCCUCGAGGGAUUCAGUCCGUUCAAGCGAGCCAUGACCCGCUUCACGCAGGACCUUGAAUCCAAGGAGUCUGUGUUUCAAUUGAAGCUCAACCCUGGCGAGUGCGCCAUCUUUGCCAAUCGUCGAGUCGUCCAUGCGCGCAAUAAAUUCAAUACUACGAACGGUUCACGCUGGCUCGCCGGUGCCUAUGUCGACGAAGAUGCGAUGCUGUCUCGCUUUGCUGUCUGCAGGAAGAAUGAUUUGGACGCCUGGAUUCAAAGUGAUCCACGGGUUAUCAACGACCUAAUGCCUCACAAGGCUCGGAAGAGGUCGAGCGAUUGA